CGUCACCAAACAGGUAGCAACAGGAGGAGAAACGGUUUCAGGGAUCAUGAUGGGAAACAUGAGGGAGUUAUCACCGCAUUGAAAUAACACCUGCCUUUGCCACCUAAAGUGUGUUUUCUUAGGUAGCGAGGAUGCUAGUUUCUCGGAUACACACGCACAAUGACUGUGGUUCCCUGCUAUUUAAUGUUGCAUUGAUUGCACUAUUUCUGUUUGCUAACCUGUGUGCCGGCCUGGCUGAUGGUGGGACCCAGAAACAGCAAACUCAAGAGAAAUCGUCAACUAGUCAUCGUAAAGGCAACGAUGUCCCUGUUAAGAAAACUACUGGGGGUUAUGAUGGGGAUAGCUCUGCUGCUGUCAAUGGGGACAGUAAUAAAGGAAGCAAUGACACAGGAGGCGCAGUCGCCUCCCAGAAUGGCAGUGGAGGGAGCAGCAACACGAACCCCUCUUCUAAAGCCAAAGGCCUCGACAGGGGUGAAAAACCCAUGACCCAGAGGGCACUUUGUGUACUGGUUGUUGUCAGUGCAACAGUCAUUGUUUACUUUGUGAUUCGGACUGUCAGGUUGAGAAGAAAAAAUAAAAAAACAAGGAAGUAUGGAGUACUUGAUACAAACAUUGAAAAUAUGGAGCUAACUCCUUUGGAGCAAGAUGAUGAUGAAGAUGACACAUUAUUUGAUGCAAGCCACCCAAGGAGGUUAGCAUCUAGAUAAAAUGUGCCUUUCGUUGAGCAACAUUUUAACCAUUAGAAAGUGCCAAAUUGGUCUGCUGUAGUUCCAGAUAAGAGAGAGAUCUAUUGUGAAUACAUUGACUGCUAAUCCAGUUUAAAAUGCUGUGAUUUCAGAUAACACUAAAAAUAACACUAACUUCUUCCAGUUCGCUACUGUAACUGUGCAGCGGGAAAUUGGUAAAAUAAGUGAAAUAUUAAGGAAAAAAUGCACUGUUGUAUCUUUACUCUGGAGCCAAAAGAUUGUGGAAUGUAUGAUUUCUCAAGAUUGGAAUGUGGACUAAAGCAUGCCUUUCCUUCUUCAGGAGUUGAUGCUGUUUUGAUUUUUUUUUCUUUUAAGUUGAUGUCUGUUAGAUGUACCUGUCAUUAAAAUUGUUUCAAGGUGUUUGUCUUGUGAAUAUGUUGAGGUGCAGUGAUUCUCAAUGAAGUGUAUAUUUCUAGACUUGUUUUCCUUUUUCACAAAUGCACUUGAUAAAUUUUAUUGUGUUUAUUGAGAGGUUUGUUCAAAACUAAUGCAUUUAAUAUUGUAUAUAAAUAUCAGAUUAUUUUGUUCUAUACAGAUAGUACAAAUAAAAUGUUUACAUUAA